ACGGAGGCUCCGGGGUCAGAGGCGAAAGGCUUCCCAGCAUCCUCGUUGAUUGGCGAAGUGAUGUCGGCCAUCUUGGAUUGUAGCGGGGAAGAAAGAUUGAUGCGGUGACACGCGGUAUGUUUGGUGCUAACCGGAAGAAGUUUAUGGAGGGAGGGGUAGAGAGCGACUACUCGGACGACUCCAGCCUCUACUACACCCAACAGUCCAUGUUCCCUCCACACCGCCCUGACAAAGACAUGCUGGCGUCUUCCUCUGCUUCCUCAACGGGUCAACUGUCACAGCUCGGAGCCAGUUUAUAUGGCCCGCAGAGUGCGUUGGGGUUUCCCAUGCGUGGGAUGAACAGCAGUGCGGCUCCUCAGUUAAGUCGAAGUGGGUUGAACCAAUCGGGCAGUCAGCUCCCCAGUCACGCCAGUACGCCCAACACUGGAACAAUGCACACGCCUCCCUCGCCGAGCAGGGGGAUUCUGCCCAUGAGCAGCCGCAGCGUGAUGAACCACAGCCAGCAGGUGGGGGGUCCGACGGGUCAGUCGCCAGGGAUGGUGGGAGGAGUCGGAGUAGAGAGGGGAGGGGCCGGAGGAGUCGGGACGGGGAGGAGCAGCAUGGGGAGUCCCAGCAGGUCGUCACCCAGCAUCAUCGGGAUGCCCAAACAGCAGCAAGCACGGCAGCCUUUCACCAUCAACAGUAUGUCAGGGUUCGGAGUGAACAGGAAUCCAGGCUACAACAUGAACAACUCUCUCUCCAACAACAUCUUCAAUGGCACAGACGGCAGUGAAAAUGUGACGGGUUUGGACCUGUCAGAUUUUCCGGCGUUAGCAGACAGAAGUCGGAGGGACGGAGGCUCUAAUCCAACCCCGCUGCUCAACCCGCUGGCCGGUCGGGCUCCCUACGGUGAGAGGAACCUCUUUGGCAUGGUAACCAAGCCGUCCAGUGAGCAGUCGCAGGACUUCUCGAUCCAUAACGAGGAUUUCCCAGCUCUCCCCGGGCCAAACUACCAAACAAAAGACCCCACCAGCACCAACGAGGACAGCAAAACGAAUCUGAACUCAUCAGGAAAGUCCACCUCCAACUCAGACGGUCCAAAGUUUCCGGGCGAUAAGAGCUCCGCACCGAGCAACAACAACCAGCAGAAGAAAGGGAUUCAGGUGCUUCCUGAUGGCCGUGUGACCAACAUACCGGUCGGCAUGGUAACGGACCAGUUUGGGAUGAUCGGCUUGCUGACGUUCAUCCGAGCAGCAGAGACGGAUCCUGGCAUGGUGCACCUGGCGCUGGGCUCUGACCUCACCACGCUCGGACUCAACCUCAACUCACCCGAGAACCUGUAUCCUAAGUUUGCGUCUCCGUGGGCGUCGGCUCCGUGUCGACCGCAGGACAUCGACUUCCACGUCCCCUCAGAGUAUUUAACCAACAUCCACAUAAGGGACAAGUUAGCAGCUAUCAAACUGUCUCGGUAUGGGGAAGAUCUGCUGUUUUACCUCUACUAUAUGAACGGAGGAGACCUACUACAACUCCUGGCUGCAGUAGAACUGUUUAACAGGGACUGGAGGUACCACAAAGAGGAGCGGGUUUGGAUCACCCGGGCCCCGGGGAUGGAGCCCACGCUGAAGACCAACGCCUACGAGAGAGGGACCUACUACUUCUUCGACUGCCUCAACUGGAGGAAGGUGGCCAAGGAGUUUCAUCUGGAAUACGACAAGCUAGAAGAGCGACCUCACGUUCCCUCCACAUUCAACUACAAUCCUGCCCAGCAGGCCUUCUGAUUGGCUCUACCUCCUCCUGCCUGCCUGCCAUUGGCCCUCCUGGCUCAUCAUCGUCAUCA